AUGUCUGACUCUACAUUAGACUUGAUAAGCGGUUUAGUAAACGUUACCUCUUUAAGGGAAUCCUGGUCGGAUUCGCCUUUAUCAGAAAUAGAACCUCAAAACUGGAAAAAUAUACCUGUAUGUGUUAUUGAAGCGAUCCACGCUCUGAUUCAGGAUGCUAAAGUGAAUAAUGCCAAGUUUUCCGAUGUUUCAAACUCCUUAAAUACUCAAGAUACUAGAAUAAAGAAAUAAGUUUCAGAUAGAAGAGAAGGAAAUGAAAAAGUCCAGAGAUACACUUCUAGCUCAAAUGUCUCGACUUGAGUCACAAUUCCAGCAGGCAAUAACUCAGAAUAGAAUGGAGAUAGAAAGCAUGGUGUCUGAAAACAAGUCAGCUAAGGAAGAUAUACAGACCUUCAUGAACUCUGUAGGCAAUCUGGAUCAUUUCCUAACAAGACAAGAGAGGAUCUCUGAAUUUCUCAAAAUUGAUAUUUAUAAAGAGCUCCAGACUCUCCAUGACUUGGUCAUGGAUAAAGCUGAAACUAUGACUGAUAAAGCAAUCAAAAAGUUGACUCAGGAGCUCUCUGAUUCCUUUAACUCGAAAUUUGAAGUUGACAAAGAAGAUGUUGUCACCAAAAUUGAAAAUCUUCAGGAAUCCAUGACUGACAGCUUCAAAGAGGAACAGGCCAAAAUCACUAAGAGGCUCUCUGAAUUCGAAGAGAACCAGCUAUUCGUUGAGGACAAGCUCUUCAGUCUGAAGAAGAAAAGCAAGGAGGUCUCCGAGGAUACUGAAGAACAAAUCCAAGUAUUGAGAGAUGAACUGCCAACUAUUAAUAUUCAAUUUAAUAAGAAAAUUAGGGAUCUUGAGGAAGAAUUCAAAAAUGAUUAUUUCCAAAAAUUUAGAGACCAAGAAAGCAAGAUCAGCCAAGGAAGCAAAGUUAUGGAGGCCCUCCAGGCACAAGUUGAACAGGCACAGAACAAUUUUGAGAAGAGGACAAAUGAGGUGAAUGAACUUAUUAAUGACCUCAUUCAGGAACAAGAAAAUAUUAAUAAUGUUAUUGAUGAGAUUCGUGACAAAAAUUCGAAGAAAACUUUGAGUCCUCUGAAACUAGAUGAGAGGAAUGCAGGGUCUUCUCUACAAAUCAAAUCAGCCAAAAGAGGCUCUAGAAUGAGCUUUCUGAGGAAGAAUACUCCUUCUUCAGCAAAUCGCAGGUUAGAGGAACUAGAAGAUUGCAUUGAAGUAAGACUUCGACAAUUAGAGGAGAAAAUCAGCCAUUUGCCAGGAAAAUCCAAGGGCGGGAUCGAUGAGGAGCUAGAGUACCAAAACUCUAACGACACAAGUUUAAUUGUGAAUAUGAAUUCUAAAAACUUUGAGAGACUUCAAAGUGAUAUCUCGAUUUUAAAAGAUAACAUGAUUAAGUUACAGACUAUGAGCACUGUUUUAUCUCCAGCCAAGUAUGACAAGAGUGAGAAAAUGGAUAUGGAGAAGUCUUUCAACGAGCAUAAAAAUAUGGUAGCUCAUAAGAGUAUUAUCAAGAGAAUCCAGUCAAUCAAGCCUACUCCUCAAAUCAUGAUUGAGAGAAUGAGUAGGAUGCCUGAUGUUAAAUUGGAGCCUAAAAUUAUGAGUAAACUAACAAGUAAUAAGAAAAUUAAAGAACGGGAAAAUAUUUUGUCACUACCAAGAGGUUCAAAUAGGAAGAUUAAUAGUUCUGUGAUUAAUGGAUCAAGGAACACUAGCACAAACUUUCCUCAGAUAAGAUCCCAGAAUGUUUCUCCAAUCAAACACAGUAAUCCUUCUGCUGAGUUUGCUAAUUCUCUUAUCAUCCCUGCAUUGAAGAAAAAGAAGAUCAACAAGGUGAAUUUAAAAGUGAAUAUUUCAAAGAAAACACAUGUUAAGGAAGGGCAGAAGGGGAAGACUGUCAAUGGUAAUUUUGAGAAAAUAGAUUUCGGUGGUAUGAAUCUCUAAAAAUUCUAUCUUAUAA